AUGCAGGACCUCCACCGUUACAGCGCAGCGGCGGAAGCCGGCGUUCGCCUCGAGCUGACACCGAGCACCGUCUCCCCCCUCUCCCUGGACAUCUCCGAGUCCACAGAGAUGCGAAUCCGCCGCCUUGUCUCCGAGAACCCCGUCGUCAUCUUCAGCCGCGCCGCCUGCUGCAUGUGCCACGUCAUGAAACGCCUCCUCGCCACCGUCGGCGUCCACCCCACCGUCAUCGAGCUCGAGGAGGACGAGAUCGCAGCGCUCGGGGAGCCGCCGGAGGCCUCCGGCGACGGCGCGUGCGCAGCACCCGCGCUGUACAUCGGCGGCGCGUGGGUCGGCGGCUUGGAGAGCCUGGUGGCGCUGCACCUGAGCAACAACCUCGUGCCCAAGCUUGUCCAAGUGGGUGCCCUCAGAAAUCAUGAAUUUCUAAUUAAUUAG